AUGAUUGGUACAUCAAAACCACAGACGCUUGGCGAUAAGGUCGACUCCAAAUCCGGGCAAAUCUUCAUGAUGCGCGGACAGGACUACAUCGUCCCCUGUUGUGGAGCGGUGUCACAAUGGACGGUGUACAUUAAAAAACCCGGAACCAUAAGGUUUCAAAUAUGGCGUCCAUUUGGAAAUGGAUCUUAUGACCUUAUUGGUGAGAACCUGGCAACGUAUAAUCGGGGAGAAGAGGACAACGUGUUUACGGUGCACGUGGAGGUGGGGGACCAGGUGGGCGUGCGUGAGGGCGAUCUUAUUGGCUGGUACAAUAAUCGGGCACCAAUGAUUGGCUAUGCAAAACUUAAGUCCGGGAUAGGCGCUUUGAUCCAGACAAGCCGGACACCAGUCGACAUAGGGGCUCUGAUGGACUGGAGUGACGUCCAGUCAACGGAACCGAGGGGAUACGCCCUACAGGCGGUUGUUACGAAAGUAUUACGUCCAAAAAUAAAGAAUCUCGACAAUGACAUCCAAAUAUUUGAUAACAUUUUAAAUGGAACAGAGGUUUACAAACUAGCAUUUGAAGACACAAGUGAAAAUGAGCUGCCCACUUCAGCGUCUGUAUUCAUGCACAUAACCUCAGAAUAUUUUUCAUACAACCAAACUUUGAAUUCUGUUUUCGUAACGUUAACACCAAAGAAUGGCAAGUAUACACUCGAGUUUACAAUCCGCGAUCACUGUGGUAAUGAAGAUACUGGAAAACUUAAGGUUGAAGUUCAGCGCAAACUACCAUCAAUUCUGAACUUGCCGUCUGCGGUUUCGGUCCGUGAAGACAUCCGGAACGUGGAGAUUCUCCUCUUUCAGAUCUCUGUUGUCCAUUCGAGUGAUGUUGCAUGUGAUUUGAGAGGCUCUGACCCACCAGAAGGUAAGACCCACUUUCUCGCCCGAAACUACAAUACAUCAGCCCCGGCCGUCUACCUAAAAAGUACGGCGGAACUAAGUUACCGAGCGGCGGACACGUACGAAUUGACGAUCCGUUGUUCUGCGGGAAAGGAGUCUGAUACUGCCCAGCUAUUCGUCAACGUUAUUCCAAACGCUGUCCCUCAUGUGAGCAACCUCCCGGCCUCUACCACGGUGAACGCUAACAUGAGCACGGUUGGUGACGCCAUAUUUUACAUAACUUGGGUGGACGGGGAGGACGACCAAGUGGCGUUCAACGUCACGUGUGAACAAUCCAAUUGCCCUUUUAGUAUUACCGACCUUGGCACAGUGCUCAUAUCAGAAGACCUUAGAUUGUCGGAGAUCGACGCGUACAAUUUAAGAAUAACAGCUUUUGAUUCAUACAACAAAGCAAGACCUGCCAUACUUCUGGUAAACGUCACUGGACUGAAUGUAGCGCCAUACAUUUUCAACAUCCCUAGUGGUUUGAAACUUCCAAUGGAGGAAAACACGCCAGUCGGUACUGAGAUAUUCCAGGUCGCUGCAGCUGACCAAAAUGUUAAUGACAUCCUCAAGUUUUCGAUGACGAUGAAACCUACAACCAUGUCAACGUUCUUUGCCAUUAAUGAAUCUUCGGGACUAAUCUUUAUCACAAUGGAAACGAACUUUGAGAGUUUGUCGUCAAAAAGCGUAAAGCUUUAUAUCACAGUGUCUGAUGGUAUCCAUACAGACAAACAAACCCUGAAGAUGACGGUCAUUGAUAUAAAUGAAGCGCCUGUUUUCGAACGCAGCAACUACACAGUUCUGACGUCAGAGGGGAAGGCGGAUCAUGUAGUUGUCAAGGGAACGGUGAAGGCAAAGGAUGAAGACAAAGAUGAUGUGGUCUUAUACAGCCUCACCUGCGCCACUAUGGAGAACUACUUCAAGAUCAACGAGAAGAAUGGUGACAUUGAACAAGCAUACGAACUCGAUGUUGAUAAAGUAGGUCUUGGGGAGUUAGUUGUAGACUGCGUUGUGUUUGCUUCAGACAAGUCUGGGCUGACCUCCAAUGCCACUCUGCAGAUCAUCGUGUCUGACGAAGACGACAAUGAUCCAGACUUUAUAAGGACAAGCUACCUCUUCGUCACCACUCGAGACCUCCCGGUGUUUUCCGUCAUUGGAUCAGCUACAGCCAUUGACAUUGAUACGGCACCUGAAAAUCGGAAGUUAUUUUACGCUUUCUUAGAAGAUACAAUCGAUUUUGUCGUAGACGACAAUGGGACCAUUUAUCUCAUAGCUGACCUUACUGAUGUGUCCAUAGGGACGGUUUUCAAAUUGUCCUUAAGUGUUGAAGAUAACCACGGCAGCAAGGACACUGUGCCUGUUACCGUGGUUGUUCUUGCCGGCGAUCACACGUCAUUAGUGACGUCACUUCUUGUGGAAGAGAAAACAUUCUUUGAUCUCCCAGAAAACAUCGCCUGGUUUGUUUCCGCCUUACAUUUACUGCUACUCCUUUUGAUGUUACUGGUUUACUUGUGUGGAAGAUCAUUCAAAUGCACAGUACGUUUACGUCAAUAUGAGGACCGCCGUAUUGUUAGUCCAUCCGUCUGGAAUGACUUGGAUGCUAAUGGUGACCGGAGACCAAGCGUGUUUGUUGUAUCCCCGGCCAACAGCGACAACACCAUAGAUGACUAUAUCCCAAAGUCAAAGAAAAAUAGUUAUUCAAAUAAUGCCUCAUUGAAACAUUUAAAAACAGGCGGCAUUUCGAAUGCCACAUGGCAACAGUUGACAACUAACCUUAAAAGCGGAAGUCCAAUCAACGUGUUUGAGAACACAACGUAUGACACCGCUAGGAGGCGCCACUCCUUGGUUUCGAAACUCUCGUCUGAGGACCUGCCACCAGUGGUAGCAAGAUCUCGGAUUUCUCUGUCAGAUAUCCAUACAAAAACCGACCAACUUCCUGCGUCUCCAUGGAAACCGUGGUCCAUUUCCGACUUUAAGAACUUCUACCGUGGCCGCCAGAGUAAAGACUGGACUGGCAGGGAUAAAAUGAACCUGCCUUCAAACAACUUUGCUGACCGGAGAAAAUCACUUAAUUUCUGA